AAACUAGUCAAAGGAAAACAGUCUAGAGUGAUGAUGUUAAUGGUGUUCAAGUCGGCUCCAAUACUGAAGCGAUCGCUCAAAAUACGCCUGGGUCUCUUCCAAUUCUUUAUACUGAAAGCGCUCAAAAUGCAAUCACGGUAUCUUGGUCGUCAGUGGAGAAAAAGCAAUAUGGACAUCAUCUUGUCUAGCAAAGCAACUGCACCAACUUCGCGAAUACCGGCAGCAACGAUAGGGGUGAAAAAGACGAAACCGUUUGAGGCGUUACUCGACGAUUAUGCGAAAUUUCACUGGGAUGAUACCGUUACAGAUAAAGAUCCCCUGGUUGUUUCAUUGCGUGAGCGAUUGUUGAAAGGAGAUCGUUCAGCUUUAGCAUCUGCUAUCACACUUGUUGAAUCCAGAAAUCCACGUAAACGUGCUCAAGGGAACUUAUUACUUCAUACCGUAUUAGCAGCAGAGCGGAAGCGUUAUGAAGAAAAGGGAAAGGAUGCCAUGAUUUUCCGCAUUGGUAUAUCUGGAAGUCCUGGCGUAGGAAAGUCAUCAUUUAUCGAGGCUUUAGGAAAAGAACUUACUGAAAAUCGCGGGAUGAAGAUUGCUGUUCUUACCAUCGAUCCCUCAAGCUCCGUGACAGGAGGUAUUUUUGGCUUUUUUAUGAAACGAUGCUUAUAG